GCCCCGGGGCGGCGGCAGCGGCGGCGGCGGCGGGAGCGGCGGGGCCGCCUUGUUGCCCGCGGCCCCGCGCAGCCAUGGGCGAGGGGUGGCCGGACUGCGGCCCCCAGAACCGCUCGGUGGGCGGCGGCGGGGCCACGGCGGCGCCUCCCGGGAGCAGGCAGCUGCCCGGCGAGGUGGUGUCGCAGCAGUGGGCGGUGGGCAUGAGCCUGCUGAUGGCCAUGGUGGUGGUGCUCAUCGUGGCCGGGAACGUGCUGGUGAUCGCGGCCAUCGGGCGCACGCAGCGGCUGCAGACGCUCACCAACCUCUUCAUCACCUCGCUGGCGUGCGCAGACCUGGUGAUGGGGCUGCUGGUGGUGCCCUUCGGGGCCACACUGGUGGUGCGGGGCACCUGGCUUUGGGGGUCGUUCCUCUGCGAGUGCUGGACCUCCCUGGAUGUGCUCUGCGUGACCGCCAGCAUCGAGACCUUGUGUGUCAUCGCCAUCGACCGCUACCUGGCCAUCACCUCGCCUUUCCGCUACCAGAGCCUCAUGACCAAGGGUCGGGCCAAGGGCAUCAUCUGCACCGUCUGGGCCAUCUCCGCCCUGGUCUCCUUCUUGCCCAUCAUGAUGCAUUGGUGGCGGGAUGAGGACCCUCAGGCACUGGAGUGCUACCAGGACCCGGGGUGCUGCGACUUUGUCACCAACAGGGCUUACGCCAUCGCCUCGUCCAUCAUUUCUUUCUACAUCCCGCUCCUCAUCAUGAUCUUUGUGUAUCUCCGGGUGUACAGAGAGGCCAAGGAGCAGAUUAGGAAGAUCGAUAAGUGCGAAGGACGGUUCUACGGCAGCCAGGAGCAGCCACAGCCGCCCCCUCACCCUCACCACCAGCCCAUGCUCGGCAACGGCCGGGCCAGCAAGCGGAAGUCCUCUCGGAUCAUGGCCAUGAAGGAGCAGAAAGCCCUAAAGACUUUGGGCAUCAUCAUGGGGGUGUUCACCCUCUGCUGGCUCCCUUUCUUCCUGGUGAACAUCGUCAACGUCUUCAACAGGGACCUGGUGCCAGACUGGCUCUUUGUUUUCUUCAACUGGCUGGGCUACGCCAACUCCGCUUUCAACCCCAUCAUCUAUUGCCGCAGCCCGGACUUUCGUAAGGCCUUCAAGAGGCUGCUCUGCUGUCCCCGGAAAGGUGACCGGCAGCUGCAGACCAGCGGUGGGGAACUGGCCCGGCUGCCCGGGGGCUUCAUCAGCAUGGUGGGCUCCCCAGAUCGCAGCCUGGGAGGGACCUGGUCCGACUGCAACGGGGGCACGCAGGGUGGCAGCGAGUCCAGCCUGGACGAGAGAAAUAGCAAAACAUCCGAUUCGGAGUCCAAGGUAUAGGGGGGAUGUGGGGAGCUGCGGAGUACCCAGAGCAGGGGGAGAAGCAGGCAGGGAUUGCUCUGCUCCCCAGCAGCUGCCUGGUGGGGAGGCUGAUGUCCAAGCAAACCCGAACCCUGUCUUAGCGGGGAGAGAGAGAGCGGGUGUUUACUUAGGAAUUAAAGCAGGUGAACUUGUGAACGACAUACCUCAUCGAAACUGCAGCAAACAGGAAACCCGCUGACCAGAGAACAAAGAAAAUAAAGCAGCCCGUCCCAAAGAUAGCCAGUUUAUAUUUAGGAGAAGCGCUCUUGGAAGGGGCUGUGGCAACAGCGCCCUUUGCUCGGGUGAGUUACCCCAGGACUGUGCUGGUGGUUGAACGUGAGCAUGGGGCGCGGGCGUUUGGCUGCCCAGUUCAGCUGCAGCUGUGGUCCCAGCUGCCCCCCGCUUCACCCAGGGCUGGUGGACACUCCGGUUCUCCUUUCCUUGUCCGGGGCUGUCAGAUACCACGGCUCGCCUUUCCCUCGUCCAGGGCUGUUUGACACCCUGGGGCUGUCACAUACCCCGAUUCUCCUUCCCUUGUCCGAGGCUGUCGGACACCCCAGCUCUCCUCCUUCCCUCACCCGGGGCUGUCAGACACUCUGUCUCUCUCUCCUUCCUUUGCCCAUAGCUGUCGGACACCCCAACUCUCCUUCCCUCACUGGAGACUGUCAGAUACCCCGGGACUGUCAGACACCCUGUGUUCUGUUCCCUUGCCCGGGGUUGUCAGAUAUGCCAGGGCUGUCGGACACCCCGACUCUCCUUCCCUUACUGGGGGCUGUUAGACACCCCGGCUCCUCUUCCCUCACCCUGAGCUGUCAGACAACCCGGCUCCCCUUCCCUCACCCCGGGCUAUUGGACACCCCGACUCCUCUUCCCUCACCCUGAGCUGUCGGACACCCCGUCUCCCCUUCCCUCACCCUGAGCUGUCGGACACCCCGGCUCCUCUCCCCUCACCCUGGGCUGUCGGACACCCCAUGUCCCCUUCCCUCAUCUUGAGCUGUCGGACACCCCGACUCCCCUCACCCUGGGCUGUCGGACACCCCAUCUCCCCUUCCCUCACCCUGAGCUGUUGGACACCCCGGCUCCUCUUCCCUCACCCUGAGCUGUUGGACACCCCGUCUCCCCUUCCCUCACCCUGAGCUGUCGGACACCCCAACUCCCCUUCCCUCACCCUGGGCUGUCAGACACCCUGACUCCCCUUCCCUCACCCUGAGCUGUCGGACACCCCAACUCCCCUUCCCUCACCCUGGGCUGUCGGACACCCCAACUCCCCUUCCCUCACCCUGGGCUGUUGGACACCCCGACUCCCCUUCCCUCACCCUGGACUAUUGGACGCCCCGGCUCCCCUUCCCUUGCCCCAACACCCAGCGGUUUUGGGGUGACAUGGGGUCCACGCUGCAGGUGCUCCUGGCAUGCAGUACGGACCCGUGGGCAGGAUGCUUUCCGAGCACGGAGUCGCUUUGCCCCCCUCAUCCACAGAGUAGCGAUGAAGGCAAAUAAUGAGUAGUGAGGAGCACAGGCGUGUUUUGAAACUGGGUAACAAAACCCCAACCCGCACUCUUGUGCUUUUUUUCCCUCUGCAUCAGCAAGCAGUGAGUUAUUGCGCUUAUCUCCUUCGGCCAGACGAUAGCAGUCGGGCUGAGAAACUUCUACCUCAAACUGUGCAUAUUGUACAGGGGAAUAAACGGACCGUGUUUAUAUUAAACAGCGUAUUUACAGACCAUUAAUAGUAUUUUAUGAAAAAGGGGCAGGGGGGCAAGGAGCCUUCUUGUGUCUUGUUUGUGAUAAUUGCAGAUGAACGGGAAGGGGGGGGAGGGAAAGUCCUGGCAAAACCAACAAUUUACUGCACAUCUUUUAAAGUGGCGACAAAGCAGGUUUUUGCACAGUGUUAAGAGUUGUGAAGUUCUUUGAAGAUGUUACUUGCACACACGUAUACGCACACGCAAAUUACGAAUGAAAUGGAAGUUUGAAUAACACUGACCCUGAACCCGAUCUCUGGUUUUGCCUGAUCUGUUAUAGUUUUACUGAGAGAGUGACUUUUUUAAUAUUAUUUUAUGAAGGUACUGUAAAUAUAUCCCUAUUAUAAAUUAAAAUAUCUUAAGGGACUUUAUUUUAUUUUUAUUUCUAAGUGCCCACAUGGAUCUGCUGUUAUUUUAGCACUUGUGUGUCGUUUCCAUUUUCCUCUCUGUGUGUGUUUUAUAACAUAUUUAUACUCUGGUGCAAUUUACUACUGUGUAAGUAAUUGGUCUAUGUGCAAUAAAUACCGUUGCAGCACAAGCAAGCGUGUCUCUGUAGGUUUUGGAACAAUACCUACCUGUAAUGGGAAGAACAGCAUUUGUUUUUCUCCAAAGAUGGCUCAGAUUACGAUACAACUCUAUCUAAUGGCUUUUCCUGACACAGUGUUGUAAAAAAAGUGUUUGAAACCCAAUAAGGUUGUGUUCCUGUCGCAGCG